UGUAGUGUGAGAGAGAGAAAGUAAAAAGUGUGUGUAUUGUGAUGAGAGAUGGAUGGUGAGUGUGGUGGUGGUGGUGAAACUGAUGAUGAUUGAACAUGGGAACCUGCAAAUAUAAGCAGCUGGAAAACAUUGCAAUCUUUAUUCCCAAGAUUUCUCUUUUUCAAGAUUAGUGUGUGUUUUACAGUGUGUAUUACUGUGUGUAUCAUGUUUUCCAUGGCCCCACAAAGGCAUCACCCAGGUGUCAUCAUCUUUCACCCCCCAUUUUCACCUCAUCUUAAUUCUUAAUUUCACACACACACAAAAAAGCUCAAACUCACACCUUUACCUCCUGUCAUUACUCUCUCUCUCUCUCUCUCUUGUCUCUCUCUCCUCCUAUUCUACCGCCGGUCCGCCGUCACCCCCACCGGACCACCACCAUUGCAGAAUUCUACUGUCGGCUGACACACUACACACACGCCCACCAUGGAUUAUAACUACUUUUUAUUUUUAAUAAAAAUAUAAGUGGGGUGGUGUUUUGUCCAUCUGGGUCUCUUUCUUUUUGGUCGGUUUAAGAUACCCCUUUUUUUGAUUUUCUUUUUCUUGUAUAAAGCUUCUGACUUUACACAUUUUCUUUAAACAAAAGUCUUGUGGUUUGACAGAUGAUGAUAACAAUUUUGCAAAGAAAGGUUCAAGAGGGCAUCUGUUUUUUUACAUGAAGAUUGCAAAUUUUUGAUACCCACAUUGAGUUUGAGAUUGCAAUAGGUUUUGAUCAAAGAAGCUUCAUGUGGGCAUCUGUUUUUUCACAUAAAGAUUGGAAAUUUUUGAUACCCACAUUGAGUUUGAGAUUGCAAUAGGUUUUGAUCAAAGAAACUUCUUGUGGGUAUCUGUUUUUUCACAUAAAGAUUGCAAAUUUUUGAUACCCACAUUGAGUUAAGUCUAAAUUUAGUAAGAAUUUGGUGAAAAAAUCUUUGCAUGUUGGAUCUUUAUCUCAAUAUUGGGGAUUUCUGCUUAAAGAUUUGAUUUUUAAAGGUUUGAAGCGUUUAGUCUUGAUGAACACAUACUUCAAAGAGAUAGAAGGGAGAACAAGUAAAAAUUGAGAGUUGACUAGUCAAAAUUGGAGCUUAUUUUUAUUCUCUAGAGAAUAUAAGUUCAGCUGCUAAUUUGAUUUCAGGCUUAUUUUGUUUGUUCACAAAAGAGGCAUCAAUGAUCUUAAAGUUAAAGAACUCCGACUUUCUUAUGGCGAAAAGAUUAAGACACCAACGGCGCGCCGGUUGUAUGUCGAGUAUAGUAAGCAUCUUAAAUUUCCGCCAUAGCCGGGUUACCAGACGACUGCUUUCAGAUCAUAAAGCUCAUAUGACCGAAAGUUCCACUGGUCCUUCGAGCCCUACAUCCGAAGUGAGCUCGCUUACGGACACAGAAGAGAUGCAUCAAGGGAUUGAAUCUCCAAAAAGUGAGAAUAGUGAAGCGGCCCAUACUCGAGUGAAGGAACUCAUGGAAGAAGAAAUGCAAAUGGAUCAAACCGAAAAAAUAUCAAGUAGAUCAUUCGAUAACCGGGAAACAUCACAAUGCCAUGAAUUUGAAGAGCUAAUGAACAAACUCAUCCUAAUCCAAGAGAAAAGAAACGAAGAACAAAAACCGUCAUUCGAAAGAUCAAACUCGUUAGAUCACAAACGAAACGAUUCAAUAUCAGAACAACCCGUCACUAGUAAAAACCGAAACUUCUUCAGAAGAAGGAGCAAGUCACACGAAUGUAUAUCGUUCAACGUCAACGAUACCCCUCCACCUUCAAAUACGACCAACGGGUAUAAAGUUCGUCAUGAAAGAAGCGUUUCGCAUUUUUCGUUCACUGAAAUGAAGAGAAAGUUAAAGAAUGCUAUCGGAAAAUCUUCGAGAGAUUCAGGAUGUCUAGAAAAACCGGUUGUUGAUGGAAACAGUGGAUGGAAUUCUCCAAACCGAGACCAUUUCUCCUCCGAAAGAUUUUCUAGAUCUGCUUAUGGGCUUAAGCAAGACAUGGGUUCAAGAUUAUGCAAAUCCGAAAGAAAUUUGAAUGGAAACAAGGAGAUCGGAGACAUGAGUGAUCGGGUAUCUAACCUCUACAUCGAGGCAAAGAAGCAUUUACAUGAAAUCCUGAACAAUGAAGACGAGGAUACCGGACUGAUAAUGAGCCAUUCUAGAACUCUUGGAAAUCUUCUUUGUUUUCCAGGUUACAACUCUCAUUCUACAGAGUUGGGUCGUAGAACCGAGCCGAUUGUCAAUGAAAGUCAACUGAACGAGCCGCUCGUCAAUGAAAGUCAGCUGAACGAGCUGAUUGUCAACGAAAGUCAACUGAAUGUGGCAGAUGACGAUCAUCAAGAACCGGAAGUUUCAGAUGAAAUUCAUCAAGCUGAAGGUGUUGUAGAGAUGUCAAGACCACUUUCACCUGAAGAAACUGAAGUUUUUGAUGUGGUGGAUUCGACUGAAGAAGACGAGUUAUCUUGUUCUCCAGUAGUGUCGCCUUCCAGAUCUUCACCUUCAAGCAAUAGAAAGAGUGAAGAAGUCGAGAAUACCUCAGACGAUAGAACUGGCAAACCUAGUCCUGUGUCUGUUCUUGAGCCGUUGUUUUCGGAUGAUGAUAUUAGCCCGGCUAGAACCAUUUCCCGAUCUUCUGAAUCUUCGAUUCAACCACUACGUAUUCGAUUCGAGGAAAUUGUUAACCCAACAAAACAGCAAGAAACAUGUAGCCUUAACCAUGCCGAGAACGAGGAAUCUGUGUAUGAAUAUGUAGAAGCUGUGCUUCUAGCAUCGGAUCUUAAUUGGGACGAGUUUGAACAAAGGUGGCUUUCUUCGGACCAAAUACUCGACCCAUCGUUGUAUCAUGAACUACAAAUCUUCUCGAGCCGGGCCCAGCAUGACCAACUGCUCCUGUUCGACACCACAAAUGAAAUCCUCAAGGAGAUUUGUGAUCGUUCGUUAGCUUUCUUUCCGGGGUUGUCAUAUUGUAAACAAAGUAUCCAUCCGCUUCCGAAGGGAAUGGACUUGAUAAACGAGGUGUGGGAACGAAUUGAGUCGCGUCUCUGCUGCCAUUAUCCGAGAUCGUUAGAUCAACUGAUAAAGAAAGAAUUUGAAAUAUCUAGAAGAUGGAUGGAUCUUUGUUCGGAGACUCUAGAGGUAGUUACAGAAGUCGAAGAAUGGAUCUUCGACGAUAUGAUCGACGACACCGUUUGGAGCUUAUUGCAUGGUUAAGCUUAACUAGCCUUGACAUAGUAGAUAAUGUUACGUUUUUUAUGAUCAGAAGUGGCGAAUACAUGAGCAUAUAUAGGGUGGUGUGGUUUUUGUGGUGAUUUUGAAGUUUAGUUUGUAACUAUAUAAAUAAAAUCUCAUAAUAAACGAUGUGUUUUUUGGUGUGUUUUUUAUUCUAACAAAAUAUAUAUAUAUAUGUUUUGGGUGAA